CAGCCUAAUGUUCACUAUUGGGAGAAAACUCACUCAGAUCUAGUUAAAAUAUUUUCUAGAAGUUCUCCUUUAUCAUCUGACAGUAAUAAUUUACUAGUAAAAAGUCAAAUUUUUGUUUUUCCAGCUCUGUCUGUACAAAUGUAACACAGCAGUGAACAGGCAUCUAUACCAUUCCAAUAUGGCGUCCGACUUUGUGCACGCAACAAGCUAGCAUGUCCCCUCUAGUGAUAUUAACCUCAUUGGUUACUCGCAGGCUGUUGUUGUAGCAUCCACCGGCUGUUUGUAUCCAGCGUUUCUACACGUUUUCCCUAAUAUUUUGCCAUUUUUUUCUGCUUUCUGGAAAAAGCCAGCGCGGCUCUAGCGUUACCGUUUCUUAUUUGGACAGGUGUGAAAGGGCACCAUGUUCAAUUCCGUUGAGCUAGAAGGUGAAGUGGAUCACUCCUUUUUUGACAGUGGCAGUGAGAACAGUGAUCGAGAGCCAGGAGCAGAGAAAAGCCCGAAAGCUAAAAAACAAAGUCCUGGACGACACAAGAAGAUGCCACCAAAAAUCAAUGAAAAUGCAGUUGAUGAGGACUCCACAAAAGAUGGCUCUGAAUUGCUCUCUAAAAAACCCAGUGGAGCGUUCAUGAGCUUAUUAGCCGACAUGACAGAAGGACAUUCUGUUUCCCUGAGUCCAAAUGAUACAGAGGAAAAGGAGUUAAAAUCAGACGCUAGAUCCACAAAUGAAUAUGAUUCAUCUGACUCCAGUAUAUCUAGUGAGGAGGAGCAAGAGGAGGAUCCUUAUAAGAACGUGGACAAAUAUUCGAUGAGCCUGGAAAGUUCAUUAGAACAUCAACAGGCCCUCCAGCGCCGUGGAACAUCGCAGAGGAAGAACUUCUCGUUUUCCAAUGAUGAGGUUCGACGCAUCGAGCGUGAGAAUCAGCGGCUUCUUCACAAGCUGAAUCAUCUACUAUCAGAUUCCAGCCAGAAAAGAGCAGUGAGGAAGUCAACAUCAGUGG